AUUGGAUGGGAUGGGAUGGGGCUGUGUAUGUUGUAUGUAUUUGGGUUGUAUGGGUGGAUGUGUGGUAUUGCGUGGGAUGGGAUACAUAGGAUGAGAAUAUGGGUCUACUUUGUGGAGUCUUUGGGGUUAGCUGUUUUAUUCAUUUUCUUGUUCAUAUUACCUGAUGCUAGAAUGAGAAGGAGAGAAAGGGAGGUAUCACUAUCAAACAGAAGUAACCGUACACUGAUUACUCCCUGAUGGGGUGUACUGUGUACUGUGAACAGCAGAGACAGAAAAUACACUAAACUAGAUCAGUGGAGACAUGGGGGAUACUGUGCCCGCUUUAUGCAGGCAAUCGAGAAAUAAGCGGCUCGCUAGGUAAUUAAGUGUAGGCA